AUGAUAAACACGAUUCGGGUCAAAGACGUCGUCGGCGAAGUCGGUCACGUUCACGAUCUGUCACCCUUUUCUGGGACCGGGACUAAAAUUGAAGUUGUCCAGUUUUUUGGAAAAACUUCUCGUCCUCAAAUGGUAUGGAAAAGAGAGUACAGCGGAUUGAUCAGAGUUAGUGAGCUAGCUUUGAAUAACUCUGGUGGUAUCGCGUCUUCUCCUGGGGCCUUCCUGUUUUUCAAAGAAAUGACUGCAUUGAUGUUUUCUGUCGUACUAAAUGGGUCACAAUUGAUGUCGUCUCCCGAACCCGAAAUCAAAAUUCAGAUGAAACCGUUGCUUCUCGCUUCCGAGCACAGUACAACACGCCAGAAUGAAAUAGACUACAUUGAAGGAUCUAGUUUUACACAAAAGUCGUUCUCAUCAACCCGGAAGCAACACAAACCGUUUGCUCCGGAUUCUGAUGCAGCCGUUUCAAACAAUUCUACCCCUCUCGGUAGUCAAUAUGCCUCCUUAUUGGCCGAGAAAGCGCAUGAUGCGGCCAUAUUUGGUCCACAUAUCACACCACCACCGUCCACUGUUUUCGGAAGCGACCCGACUGAAGCGAAGGAAUGUAUCGUCUCAUCAGUUGUUACGUUCACCAAACCGGACGAGACAGCUUGGGCUUCUUGGUUGGUUCGCUUGAGGGACCUGAAAGAGGCGCGAGCUAAACAACUUUCUCUGGAUGUGCUAAACAAGCGAUCGCCGAACACGAUGGGAUCGGUCUCAUGA